GAGAUUGUGUUAGCAGCUAUUACUGAGAACAGGAAAGAAAGGAGAUACACUCAGACAACACACCAGAAGGGAGCCGAAGGAGUUUAUUUUGAGAGAGGACCUUUUAAACUAUGGAGAAACAGGAGAAGUCCUCCUGGAAAAUGGGACUCUUAAAGACUUUUGAUUCGGAUGAGUUUGUGAGCUGGGAAAAGAUUGGAUCUGGCGGUUUUGGUCAAGUUUACAAGGUUCGUCAUGUUAAUUGGAAAACAUGGUUGGCCAUCAAGUGUCCGCCGAGCCUCCAUGUAGACGAGAAAGAGAAUGCAGAGCUGCUGGAGGAAGCCAAGAAGAUGGAAAUGGCAAAAUUCCGUUACAUACUCCCAGUGUAUGGGAUCUGCAAGGAUCCAGUGGGACUAGUCAUGGAGUACAUGGAGACUGGAUCCCUGGAAAAACUGCUGGCCUCAGAAGUAUUACCAUGGGAACUGCGUUUCCGCAUCAUCCAUGAAACAGCGGUGGGCAUGAAUUUUCUUCACUGCAUGUCCCCACCCUUACUGCAUCUGGACCUGAAACCUGCAAACAUACUGCUGGAUGCACACCAUCAUGUCAAGAUCUCAGACUUUGGUUUGGCGAGAUGGAAUGGAUUGUCUAACACGCAAGACAUCAGUAUGGAUGGUUUUUGUGGUACGAUUGCUUACCUGCCUCCGGAACGUUUACGGCAGAAGAGGAAUUCUGACAUUAAGCAUGAUGUAUACAGUUUUUCCAUCGUCAUCUGGGGGAUUUUAACACAGAAGAAGCCUUUUGCAGCCGAAACAAAUAUUCUGCACAUUAUGGUCAAAGUAGUGAGUGGCCUUCGUCCUGAUCUAUCAUCGAUUCCUAAAUCUAGGCCUCCAGCGUGCAAGAGUUUAUUAAAACUGAUGCAACGAUGCUGGAAGGAGGCUCCCAGUGACCGCCCAACAUUUCAAGAAAUUACUUCAGAAACUGAAGAACUUAGCACCAAGCCACAAGAAAUGGCACAAGAGAAACCACAAGAACAGCCUUUGGAUUCUGGCCAAACCCAUAAGGCAAAUAAAAAGGAUCCACCAGUAGAAGUUGAGCAGCCAGUGCAGAAACAGCAAUCCAAGCAGGUCUCUGACAGUGAAGAAUGCAGCCUUUCCCAACUGUUGUCCCAGCUAGACUUGGGCUUUGAAUCGGCUGGAAAUGAAUGCCCAGCGAGUGGGGAGAUGGCUGACAGCAAAAAGAGACUGUCUGGGAUCUCCUCCAUUGACUCUGCAUUCUCAUCCCAAGGAUCCAUAUCGUUAUCUUUUGGGAAGGAAGCUGGAGGAAUCGAACAAUCAGUCUCGGAUAUACCAAAGAAGAAACUCUAUGAAGCCAUGAUGUCAGGAGAUGUUGGAAAGUUGAUGAAGCUCCUGCAGCCACAAGAUGUGGACUUGAUCCUGGAUGAUGGCAUGAGCCUCCUCCACUAUGCUGUUCAACUGGGCAACGAGGAAGCUGUCCGGUUGUUGCUUUUGUACAACGCCAACCCUAACAUUCCAAACAAGCGGGGCUCCACGCCACUUCACCUGGCCGCUGAGAAGAACUUAAAGAUCAUUGCCGAGCUGCUUCUAGGGAAAAAGGUGAAUAUAAACGCCAAGGAUGAAGAUCAGUGGACUCCACUCCACUUUGCAGCACAGAGUGGCGAAGAAACCCUUUCAAGGUUACUGUUGGACAGGAAUGCUUCAACAAACGAGGUGGACUUCGAAGGCCGGACAGCACUGCAUGUCGCUUGCCAACACAGCCAUGAAAAUGUAGUCCGUGUUCUUUUGAGCCGGGGAGCUAAUGCUCAAGCCAAAGGGAAGGAUAACUGGACACCUUUACAUUUUGCUGCAUGGCAAGGCCAUCACACCAUCACAAAGCUGCUUAUCAAGCAGGCUGAGGCUAGUGGGGAUGUGCUGACUGCCGAUGGAAGAACGCCACUGCAUCUAGCAGCCCAGAGGGGGCACUACAGAGCAGCUCGUAUCCUUUUGGAAUUCAAGAGCACUGUGAACAGGAAGACCUCGAGCCAGCAGACGCCUCUUCACCUGGCCGCUGAAGCUGGGCACACUAGCACCUCCAGGCUCCUCAUCAAGCACGGCGUGGAUAUCAACGCACUGACGGGGGAAAGCUGGACCUCGCUUCACCUCGCCUCUAGCCGUGGUCAUCUGCAGACUCUGAAAAUGUUGAUCGAAGAGCAUGCCAAUGCUGAGGUCAGGGAUUCCCUUCAGAGAACAGCCCUCCACCUCGCUGCAGGUAAAGGGCACAGUGAAGUGGUAAGGGAGCUUCUCGGCAGCACAGAUGAUAUCAACAUCGCAGAUGACGAAGGGCUCACACCUCUGCAUCUGGCAGCAAAGUGCGGACAUCUGAAAUGUGUUGAGAUCCUCCUUGCUCAUGGCGCUGAUGUUAAUUUGCACAACAAAAAAUUUCAGACUCCGUUAAGCCUGGCUCAAGAAACUGGCAACAGCUUAGUCAUUGAUGCCCUUCAGCACCUGACAGACUCGGACACAGAAAUUUUGUAAGGUGGCGAAAACUGGGAUUGUUGACAACGAGAAAAAACCUCGAAGCCUGCUGAGUUAUUGCACAAGAUUUCUUGAGGCGGAGAAUUGCUGGAACUGAAGGCUUUGUUUGUUUGGUUUUCUUGGUUUUUUUUUAAUCCUCUAUUUAAUGGAACUGCCUAGUUUAAUGGGUGUGGACAGAAAUUACCUGAGGAAUUUCCAUCAGUGUCUUGAACUUGUGUAGGAGGUGAUUCCUACUUGUAUUUCAAAGCUUCGAAAUGUAGAGUGUGCCUCAGCAUUGCUAAACCCCUCUACGUUUAAUCAUUAAAUACCUGUUGCUCAUGAUAACUGCUUCGAAGACAAUAUUACAUGGUAGAAUCACUUUUUAAAAAAAACACUUUCAAAACGCUAAUGAGCAAUUGCUUGGCUAUACCACUGUGUUUCAUGAUUUGUGCCAUAAGAAACGUUACCUUCAUGCCAGACAACAAAACUGUCAGAUUCAUUUUGUGUUUGAUUUGCCUUCAGUGGAAAAAAAAACCAUUGUAGACUUGAUGGAACAAAUGACCUCCUUCUGUUCUACACUAUUUUAUGAUUAUGAAUAAGUGAGGAGGUUGAAACCAACCUUUUGAAGCAAAAGUGCAAAACAACGUUUGAUUGGUAACCUCCCACAUGCUGUGUAGCAGAGAGGCAUUGAAGGAUGUCAUCCCUCCAUUAUCUCACACUUACUCUAGAGUUGUUAUUUCUUAGCUGUAGCAUUGUUGUGCUUGACCCUGCUAUGCGGAAACUUGCUUUACUGAGUCUUAAUGCAAUUUGAUUAAGUUUUAUCUCCUUAUAUUGUAAGGAAAUUACUUAUGUGCAUAUGAGAAGCGAUUUAUAUUCAAUAGACCAAUUCUUAUGUAACAAGCAAGUUUAUUGUAUCUAAAGGCCUUCAAUUAUGAAACCUACAUUAUUGCCAAGGGGUCAUGAAUUCAAAUGUCAUAUUUGCCAGUACUGCAUUACUGACCUUGAUGGCUGUGUACAAUUCAGUUUCAAUCUUUGCCUUUUAAUGACAUUUGGCAUUUUUGCUUGCAAGUAAUGCAAUUAUAUAUUUCAUAAGUGUUAGAAAGGAAAUGAUAUCUAAGCAGGGGCCCUGUGCAGAUUUUGGCAAUACCACUACCCGAGUAAAGUAGUUAGCUUGCGUUUUUCUUGGCACACCAUUAGUGUACAGAUACCCUUUUAAAAGAAACCUUUUCUAAAAAUUGAAUGAGGCAAAAAGCUCUCCGUUUUUAUUUUGCAUUAAUGGCUCUUUAAGAGUAUCUAUUAGGUAGAGCAAUGGGGGUUGGUACAAUUGGUCCCCUUAACUCAAGGAAUGGGGAGAAAGCAGACUAGGUUGUCUUGGCUGAGCCUUUCUGUGUGACCCUCACUAGGAAGUGUGGAUGGACAUUGAGUGGCACUGAGUGAGGACAGGGUUAGCCUUGGAUAUGACGCCCUCAACAGGCCCACAUUUUUCUGUCCCAGGCUUUACACAUAAUGACUACUUGGAAUGCUACAUGCCCUGUGGAACUAUACCCCAGUCACAGCAUUAAGGAUAAAAUUUUGUGGAAGAAGGAAAUGCCUCAUUAAAAAUGAUUAGUGUUCUGCAAAAAUUGAGGAUGUAAGAGAUUGCACUUGCAUCAGUUCAGACUUCCCCAGUGGCCAGUGCGGCACAAUAGAUGUAAAAGUUUCAAAUGCAUACACAAACUUUGCCGACUCUCCAACGGCAGCUCCAGACACAGCAGGUCCGGAAAACCCCAGCCAUAGUUUUCCUCUGAGCUGGCAAUUUGUAAAUAUUUCUCAUCAACAAUUAACCUGUGGAAUGUUUACACCAAUCUGACUUUGUUGCCUUAAAGGGACAAGCCCCCUCCCACCCCACAAAAACCCCACAGGUAAAUACUGCCCCUCCUUAGCAGCAGAGUAAGAUGGUGUAGAUCACAUGGUGUAAUGCUGGUCUCUUUACACAAUUACCCUGCUCUGCAAUCAAUAUUAAGAAGUUGGCCUGUUCCAAAACCCUGUUGAAAAGACAUCACUGCCUUUUUAAUGGUGAACUGCAGAAUAUUUCGAUAUGAGUGAUAAUUAAAAGUAUUAUGUACUAGCAUGAGCAAAUGAGAGGGAAUCUCCUUUGGUCACAGCCGCUGGUCGUCUCUUUGGCUGGCGCUUGUUUCGAAAACUCUUACUGUAUGUAGGCAUCAAACACCGUAAGUGAAGUACUGAAUAUUUCCUAUUUCUCACUUACCAGUGUUGUUGGAGAUUAGCUGGUUAGAAAGGGUCCUUUAUUGAGGUGUAAACAGUAAUUCAACACGUCAAUGUAUGGGCCAUCAAGUAUAGCGUUUUAAUGUGUCUCAGGUGGUAGUGUUGAUUUUCCUUUUUAAGUUUUCAUUUACCUAAAUUGCUAUGCGAUUAUUGGAAAUAUGUACGCUUUAGUACAUCUCAUAAGUAGCAAUGUUUGCUUUGUACUGUCAUAGAUUACUGAAUCUCAUUGUAACUAACAUUGUUAUAUCACUAAUAAAAAAAAACAUUCUUGUUGUCCAUA